AUGUCCGCAGCCGCGAAGAAACCACUGCCUGGCGCUCCAAGCGGCAGAAGAGCGUCCACAGAUCCUCCAGGUGCAUCCCCCUCCAGAGCUCCGACAACACCUACAAAUGGUGUCGCUCGAAGCCGAUCAAUAAGAAAUGGUACUCCAGUCUCCGCGCGAGCAUCACUGCAGAGACCUGGCGCAGGCACUUCAAAUCUCAGUCAUACCAGCUCAACAUCCGAAGCAGACGACCAAGCUCGAGCAGAUAAGGUUGCCAGGUUGGAUGACUUCAAAGAGCGCUUGCUCAAGGCAGAAACCUCAGCAGAACAAGCACAAAAGCAAUCACAGAUGCUUCAGGCACGAUUUGACGAAUCAAUUAAAGAGCAAGAGAAAUUAGAGGACCGCGUACAUGAAUACGAGGAAAGAUUGGAGCAAGUGGAGAACGAGAAGCGCAACGUCGUCAAACAAUUGCGCGAGUUGGAAAACAUUUAUGAGGGCGAAAGAAGUGCUAUGACAAAGGAAAGGGAGGAGAUGGCGUCAAGGGAGGAAGAAAUGCAAACCAUCAUUCAGCGCCUGAAGGACUCAUUGAACCAGAGGACUAAUGUGGAUGAUGAGUCAAGACUUUCAAGAAGAUCAAACACCUCUUCACCUAGUCUAGAGGGCCAGUUUGCGCCUCCUUCUGGCCUCAAUCGUAGCGAUUCUCGAAACAAUUCUAAACUAGUCCUUCAGAAAGACAAGCUGAUCGAGUCUCUACGACUGGAACUGGCUGAAGCACAAAUAAAACUAGUCGAAUCAGAGAACAUAGGCGGUGGACGGAUGCACGAAGUAGAACGAUUAUUAUUGGAAGCACGAAUGACGAAUGCACGAUUAAUGGAAGACAAUGAGAGUUACCAAUUAUUAUUAUCAGAGAAAACACUUGCCGGAGACUUUUCGAAGGGCGAAUUUAUGGGUUCUGCCGCGAACCAAGAUGCGUUGAGCGCAUUGGAGGGCAGGGCUGCAGCACCUAGUCUAGCAGACGAGCUCUCAGAUGUCGCUGAGGGAGAGAGUGAUAAUUACAGACGUUUGGAAGCAGAGUUAAAGUCGGCCAAGAACGAGAAUAAAGCAUUGACGUUAUACAUUAACAAGAUCAUCGAAAGGCUGUUACAGCACCAGGACUUCGAACAAAUACUUGACCAAUCUUCGGAUUUCAAGCCAGGAGCAAACACUGAAAAGGAACUUCCACCCCCACCACCAAAAGAGCAGGCUAGUGGAGCCUCAAUUCUCCAGCGAGCCAAGUCAGUGGCAAUGGGAGCAACACGGAGACCUCGACCACAGUCUUUCAUGCCCGCAGCGACUAACUCUGCUCUUACUGACCCGGAUACCGCACCAAGCAUUCCUUUCGGCCUCAACCGCUCCAGCAGCUUCCGUACAGGCCGUCCGAUGAGCGAGCAAUACACUGGCAGUAAUGGAGCUGCCAGUGUCGUAAAUCAAAUGUACAAAGGCGGGCAAACGUCACCUCCACUUCACGGUCCUCAAACACCACGCCAUUCGCAAUCUUUCUUCGCCCCUCCAAGCACAGGUGCCAAUCCAAACGCGCAACAUCGCGUUCCGAGCAACAGCCAGGUCCCAACAUCUGGCAAUUUCCCAGGAAUGAAGAGCGAAACAAGCAGCACCAGUGGAGAUUCAGGAGAUAUAUCAACCCCGCCAAGUCAAAGUCCUCCACGUAAUGUGGAGAAGGCAACGACCUUUGCUGGGAAUAAACCACGACCCUUGAGACUUGUGCAAGAUAACUCUGGGAUGCGCAAAACCAGCGGUGAUGCUGACGACGAUAAGAAAGCGAAGAGGGCGAGCUGGAUGGGCUGGGCUUUUGGAGCCAAAGGCGAAACAUCGACGGGUACUGAGGAAUCCAUCAAGGAAUAA